AUGCAAUUCACAACCAUUCUCCUCUCGCUGGCCGCGGCAACGUCAGCAUUUGCAGCUCCAGCAGCAGAUCCAGAAGCAAACCCAUCGCCAGUCCUGGAUGCAGUAGCCGACCCAUGGAUGGAAUCGGAGCUCGAGACACGUCAACUUGGUGGAUGUCUGGAAGCCUGCCGUGGUGGUGCAGAUGGACUUCUGAUAUUCUGCAGCCGACUCCCAGUGCGUUUCGGUCCUGUGCCAGUCCGUGCAGCCUGCCAAGGCGCAGCUCGUGGAGUUGGCAGCAAUCCGGGACAGAGUGCUUGCAGGGCUGCUUGCAACUUCAUUCAGCAAUUGCCAUUCAACCAGUGA